AUGAAUUGUCGACAGCACUAUAGAUGUAACGAGACAUGUUCUAUAUUUAAGUUUGCUCGCUGUCAUGGUCGCGAACAUGUUGGCUGGCUGGUGAAACUAGGGCGCUUGCUGAAACAUGAGUCUGGCGUUUGUUGCCGGAGCGGUUUGGCACGGAGUGGCACGAGUAGUGCUGCAUUUGGAAGGGAGGAAUUUCUUGGAAUUGGGUUUAUUAGAUGGGGGAUGAUGUUGGCGGCGAGGAUAUUGAUUAGGGCUUUUCAUCUCAUUGACAUGUUGGCAUCAUACUGA